AUGGAGGACGACCCCCAGAUGGACUUUUGCGGCGUGGGUGGGUCCCAGAUGGAUCCCGAGAGCGACGGGAAUGGCUGUUUGAAGCUGGUGAUUGGGUCUGGGAACAGGUCCAGCGACGGCAGUGGGGGCAGGCUCAGGUCGGGCAAGCUUGGUGCGGGUUGCUGCGACGAGGCAGACACGGGCAGCGGGUCUGUGAACGGUUCUGAAACCGGUUUCUCCACCGGGAUGUUGAGUUUCGAGAGCAGAUCGCUCAGCUGGGCAGCCGACUGCUUUGUGCUGUCCUCGGCAACUUUCUCCUUGUACGCGGCAAACAGUCUUGCACUGAUCACCUUGGCAAUCACCACUUGCAGAUACCGGUACGCGUUGUGCAGCUGUUUGCGUUCUCGCUCGCUCUCGGCCUCGUCGUCGUCGUCAUCAUCUCCCUCGUCGUCUUCUUCUUCUACCUCCUCCUCCUCCUCCUCGGGUCGUGCCCCCCGCUCCUCGUCCAGCUGCUCCACCAGAUCGAUGAACGAGUUUGCAUUGUUGUUCAGAAUGUCCUCGGCCACCCGGUCGAUGUCUGCGACGCUCACCUUGUCCGGCUUGGGCUCGUCCAGCCCCAGCAUCUCGUGCACCAGCGCGGUGUUCAGCCCCAGAUCCUCGUUCGUGGUGAGAUACAUCGCGUGUUUAGAUACAAACUAUUUACCAUCCUCCGCGGCCACCGGGACCUCCUUGCCCGCCAGGGCCGCCGAACCCGCCUGGUCCUCCUUGGCCGCCUGGUCCACCAAACCCACCAGGUCCUCCCUGGCCUCCAAAUCCUCCUGGUCCACCAGGGCCACCAAAGCCACCCUGUUGGCCAUAUCCGCCUCUUUGCUCACCGUAGCCUCCUGGUCCGCCCUGUGGACCACCGAAUCCGCCCUGUUGGCCGCCGAAGCCGCCCUGCUGGCCAAAUCCACCCUCGUGGCGGCCGCCGUGUCUUCCCUCGCCGCCAAAUCCGCCCUGCUGGCCGUGGUGACGACCCUCCUCGUAGUUCUCAAACUUGUCCUCAAUCUUGUUGGCAGUGAAGGCGCCCAUCAGACCACCGGCAAUGCCUCCGAGCGUGGAGUGCUGGCCAGAAAUCUUGGACCCUCCGUACGCACCAGCAGCGCCACCAACGACGGUGGAGAGCAGGCCUCUCUCGCCGUCAGCGCCAACCUGCUGUUGCUGGCCCUGUUGCUGUUGUGGUUGUUGGUAGGUGCCCUGUUGGCCCGAAGAAGUCCACGAAGCAAGAGCGUUCUCGGCAUCAAUGAUGAUCUGCUUGGAAGCCUCGUAGCCGUCGUAGGCUGGUCUGGUCUCACCUGGAGUCACUGGAGAGUCGUCCAACAGCUCCAACAGAGCCUUACCGUAACCGGCAAUCAAAGCGAGCUUCUCGGAGAGCUCUCUGAGAGCGUCAAACUGGUAAAGGAAAGAGGCCUUCAACUUCUCUCUGGUGAUGUUGGACAGCUGGGCCUCGGCAACCAAGGACUCGGCCUCGGCUCUGACCAGCUCCUGCUCCAGAACUGGGAUCUUUGGAGACUGUGGGUCCUUGUACUUGAGGUGUGCGAUCUCGUCGGUGAUCUUCUGUUUCCGGUCUCUGGAUGGUUGGACAGAAGCCUCGAUGUUUCUGAUACUCUUGAGAGUGAUUCUGUACAAGUCGUACUUGUCGAUGAACUGGUCCUCCAACUCACCGAUCUCGUAGAUUAA